GGUUUGUGUAUGCAGCUAUUGGGAAUAGUGCAUGUUGGUGUGGUGAUGAUAUAGAUACUUCUUUUGGAGCUCCUGAUAACAACUGCAAUGAAAUAUGUGAAGACGAAAGGCCUGAGUUACCGUGUGGCAGUACAGAUACAGUCAGUAUCUAUGGCACAGAAGGGCCAUACCUCCUUCACCUUACUCUCUCCAAAGGAUCCGCUACUGUACAGACUGGUAUCACUUCUCUCUUCGAUGCCAGAAUAGAACUGGCUGGGGCUACUGACACAGAAAUUGGUAUCUUGAAUGUGGCCACCACAGACCUGCAGUAUGUGAACUUUACCUGGUCAAUCAACGGCAGUGUGGUCAAGGGUUCCAUCAAAACGGUCACCAAUACGUCCACUACGUCCAGCCUCAUCUAUACCUUUCAUCAAGUCGGAGCCUGGUUCAUAGGAGUGACUGCUAGCAAUGCCAUCUCACAGCGCGCUGCCACCACAGUCCUUCACGUGGUACAGCCCGUGCCCUCUGACCUCCAGGUCAUUCUGCGGCCAGGUCAGGGCAACAUCCCGUCCUGCGUCCCCGAACAUGACAACCUCAUGUCCAAUCUUCCCGCCGUUGCGGUCUUUGUUGACGAGCCGGCCGAGUUUCAGGCCUACCUCUCGAUUGGGGUCAACCUGACGUUCGACUGGUGGUUUGGUGAUGACGGGAGUCGUGUGACCUCGGCGCCGUACCUGGAAGACGGGGAAUCGUGUGACCUCAUCAUGUGUCUCCACUCCCAUCAGGCUCAUGUCUUUAAACAGGAGGGGCUUUUUACAGUGACGGUCAAUGCCUCUAAUGAACUUGGAAGUGCACAGAAAACCCUUCAUGUGAUUGUUAUGAACAGAGGUAUCAACAACCUGAGCUUGUCUCUGGUGGAAGGCUCUCAUUUCACAAACCCCAACACGAGUCUGAUCUUCAGCCUUAAAAUGGAGACGGCCGAUCGGGAGCAAGCUGUCCUCUCCCUGGAAUUUGACGACGGGAUCGUUUACAACCAGUCCCUCCGUGAUGUCAACGAGACUUUCAUCAGUGGUGGAUCAGCCAAUCCUGCCAAUAUGUACCUCACUGCAAGCUACGGAGACGGCUGCCAGCUCAUUGUAUCCUUCAGUCACAAGUACGCCCUUUCAGGGAGCUACGGUCCAAAGACGCGCAUCCAGAGCAACGGAACUGCCUAUCUGGCUGAACUUUCUGAAGCUAUUGUUGUGCAGAGGUCCAUUGAGGAUGUUCAGCUGGAAGCAUCAAGUUCCUACCCCCUUGGAUCAGAAGGGACCAUCCUUGCAGUGGUUCCAUUUGAAACCAACAACAUGACUUACGAAUGGACAGUUGUGCUCGGCAGGGAGACGAUAGCUGCGGACACCACACAGAAUGGAAGCUUCAUCCAAGCCUUUGAUCUUGAAGGUCAAUACAUUGUGCAAGUGACUGUGAAGAACUUGGUAAGCCAAUCAUCUACUGUGAAGGUGGUCCGGGUGCAGAAAGCAAUCACAGGUGUGUCCAUCUCUGCUCCAGAAGAGGGCUUUGUGGUCCCUUUGGAUCAGAUUGUAACAUUUGAAGCAUCUACAGAGAGUGGCACCGAUCCCACAUUCCAUUGGGUCUUCCAGAACGGAAGCACAUAUGAUGACAUUGGACUAGCGGACGCAUCGGGACGGUUGAUAUUCAGCAUUGUCAAUCACACCUUUACGGAAGUUGGUGACUACAACGUUAGCGUCACCGCGUUGAAUCUGGUCAGCGAGGUGACCCAAAGACUUGACCAAUCGAUGGUGGUCCAGGAACCAAUCAGUGGACUUUCAUCUCAGUCUGUCCAUCCGACCCUCUUGAAUCAGACAUCCCAAAUCGCUCUCAGAGUGAUACGUGGCUCUCAUGUAAAGUUCACCAUCAAUGAGACCGGGAAAGAAGAACUACUGCAGUCAGAAUCAACCGAGAAUGGAAUGUUUGUGGUCACCACACUGCUCUCAGAGACUGGAUUGCACUAUGUGAACAUCACAGCGUUCAACAAUGUUUCUGAGGCAUCCACAGUAGUCACACUGUUAGUUCAGGAGCCAAUCAGCAACUUAACACUUCAUCUGUAUCCUCUGUCACUUGGAAAAGUGGCACUUGUCACAUCUUUUGAUGGAACAAUGAACAGCAGAGAUGAUAUCUUGUAUCACUGGAUCCUUGAUGGGAUGAACCUCACAACAUCCAGUGGCAUCUUCAUCCUAGAACGUGAUGAGGUCACAGAGAACAGCACUCUCAUUGCUUCUAAUCUAGUGGAUGAGAAGACUGUUCAUGUGCCGAAUAAUGCCUCAGAAAGUCCUUUUCUGCUCACCCAUCCUCAUUAUGUUGAAGUUAAUGCAACCACUUCAUUCACACUCUCUCUUCUCUCUGGGCGUUCCAUACAGAGCUUAGAAGUCACCUACCAAUACAACAGCACCAGCUCGGAGACGGUUACCAUGCCGAUACGAAGCCCCAUCCCGGAAGUGGUUUGGUCACACUCAUCCUCCGUCCCUGGGGUCUGGUUGGUGGACAUUGUUGCUGUGGACAUGGACAAUGAAACUGUCCAGUCCACUUCGGUGGUCAGUGUCCAAGAGAGUGUUUCGGACAUCAGCGUGCUGGGCCCCUAUUGUCCAGAUGUGUGGCCUUUAACUACUCUGACAUGGGAACUAAGGCCUUCUUCUGGCUCAAGUAUCAGGUAUGACUGGGUGAUUGUCCCUCUCGUGUCCAACUCAUCAUCCGAUUCUGGUAACUACAGGAUGACAACCGGAGGAACCAACACGCUGGCCUAUAUUCCAUUUAGCAUGCCAGGAACUUACAACCUCACUGUCACGGCCUCCAAUGAGAUAUCCCGUACCUCGACUCACACCCUAACCACCCUCCGAGAGCCAAUCACAAGUCUCGUUCUAUCCAGUAGUCCCGUUCUACAUGGACUAAACUCUACCAUCUUACUUCGAGUACAAGGCGGACCGGAAUUCUCAUUCAGCGUCCAUUUUGGGGACGGCACGGCAGCUGAAGUGACGUCCGAUUCUCCAGACAUGUCCGUUGAGUCGAUUGACCAUUCCACCCUGCCAGCAACGUAUGUCUUUGCUUUGUCGAAACACUACGCAGACCUAGGUGAAUACGCAGUUGCUGCAACGGUUUCCAAUGGUGUUUCCGACAUGGAUGGCUCUACAGUGGUGAGAGUGGAAGAGAGGAUCACAGGGCUUACGAUCGUAACAGCAAAUUCGUGGCUGGUCAAUGCUGUUGACAACAUCACCGUCGAGGCCACCGUUGCUACUGGCAACGACAUCGUUUUCACGUGGGAUUUCAAUGAUAUGACAGGACCCACAACGGUCAUUCACAGCAAUGGGAGUUACAGUGCAGUCCUCCACACUUUCGGUAUGCCUGGAGAAUACUACAUCAGUGUGAGUGCUAGGAAUGCCUUGCAGCAGAAUCCCCUGAUCUAUCACUACCCCACACCUUUCGUGGUCCAACAAGUACCUAUAGCUCUGGAACUUAGCGUUUAUGAGGGCAACAACUGGGCAUCCCUGGAGCAGACUGAUGCAGGCGACUGGGAGACUGAUCCUGUAGUCUUCCGUGCCCUGUGUUGGGGCUCUCACAUCAGUUUUGCCUUCGACUACGGAGACGGCUAUGAGGAGGUGAUCGAAGGACAGCUGGGUCUAUUCAGCAAUUACUAUGGUUUAGGCACCCAUGUUUACACAGAAGAGGGCGAAUACCAUGUCAGCGUCACAGCCUACAAUCUCCUAACCAACGUCAGCCAGUCGCUGGGGACACCCUUCAUCGUUGUGAUCUCUCCUACGGGGCUAUACUUUGACCAUCCUGUCUACACGUUCCCGUUCGGUAACAUGUCCAUACUGACCGUGACAGUGGAUGAAGGAAAUAAUCUCUUCUUCAAUUGGUCCAUGGGAGACCAAACCAACUACUUGUUUGCAGGUCCUUCUGUCACUCAUGUAUACCGUACUGCUGCAAGCUAUAAUGUCACUGUGGUUGCAUUCAACAAAGUACAGAGUCUUCAGACAGCAUGCACCGUGGAUAUUGUCAACUUUGUUUCUUUCGUUGACCUGAAGGUUCAGAGUCAGCUAGCAACGACAUACACUGAUCUACUCUUCACAGCCGAGACCCCUGCUAAUAGUGCCAAGUGGUUUCGAUGGGACCUGGGUAACGGACUUCCUAUCCGGCAGACAUCGAUCAAUACGUUGACCUACCGUUAUGCCCUCCCUGGCAUCUACUACAUAUCAGUCGAAGCGGGCAACCACAUGAGCAACGCUACAUCCAACCCUGUGGAGAUGACCCUGCAGGCACGCAUCGGCACCAUGAUCAUCACAACGUCGGCUCCCGCUCUCUAUGGGCAAAGGACAGUCCUGGAGGUUCAGGUCUACUCCGGAAGCAACAUUGAGUAUGUUUGGAGCUUUGGUGAUGGCUCCCCAGAUGUUGUCACAGAGCAGUCCGUUAUUGUGCACUCAUACAACAGGACCGGGGAGUAUUUCAUCAACUUGUUUGCGAUCAACGAUGUGAGCAACUCAAGUGCUUCAACCAAUAUAUUCAUCUUGGAUGAACCAUGUCUUACUCCGGAGCUCUACAUUGUUGGUGAUUCAAAUAGAAUGAUUAACUUUUCCAGUCCGGUGAAGUUGGAGAUCGAGGUCUUCAUCGAUUGUGACAUCACACAACAAACAACCUACCAGUGGUCCCUCAUCGAUGCUGUAGACGGGAGCCCUCUAGUGUUGAAUCCCAUGAUAGCAUCUCUUGACAAGCGAACACUCUAUAUACCCAGUCACGUCGUCCCAAUCGGGUCAUACACUGUGACGACAGAGGUGCGCAUGAACAACACGAUAGUAUAUUCCAGGACAUCCAUGAGUCUAACGAUCAGGGAAAGUCCCUUGAUUGCAGUCAUCGAGGGGGGUACAACGAGGACCAUCGAUAGGAACACUCUGGCUUACAUCAAUGCUGGAUUUUCUCUAGACCCAGACCAUCCUUCAGAUUCAGACCUACAAUACAACUGGACUUGUCAUCCGAUAGACAUUCCUACCGAGCCCUGCUUUGAUCCAUCAACCUUCUCCAAUGGCACCGCCCCAGUUCCAUCCACCAACGGUUCCUUGUUGUUCCCAGCGGCCUGGCUCAGGCUGGACGUAGCCUUCCAGUUUGUCUUCUAUCUCACAGUCAGCAAAGAAGGCAGGCAACCAGAUUAUGUUUCCCAGGUCCUGAAGGUUGUUUCCAAUGAACAGAUCUACGAACUUCUAGUUGAUUGCCCGUCGUGCGACGAAGGCAUUGUCAACUCUAAUGCAGAGCUUACCCUUGAGGCGUUGUGCCCAACUUGUGGAGAUAAUGUCACCUUCGUGUGGGAGCUGUUUGUCAUAUGGGAUGGUAGCACAACGUAUACAAGCUCUGCUUCUAGAUGCAUUCACGCUGAUGGAUCGGGUCCAGCGGACAGCGGAACGACUGUACAGACCACUGUGACUCCACUCACUUCAUCGCAUGUGAACACGGCUACCAGUCAAGUCUCAGCCACAUCCAACACACCAAUGCAACAAUCAUCCAGCCCAAGCCCUGUCCACACUUCCAACCCAUCCCAAAGUUCUACAUCCAGUCACGCAAGUUUAACAGGAUCGACAGGUCAUUCAGAUGGGCAAGGGACAAGUCCAAGUUCUGGGAACGAAUCUUCGACACCCAGUACACCAACGAUGAGUCCUUCCUCUUCUCCGGCGAGUCGCUCAACUACGUCAUCUCAGUCAGGUCCUGAUUGGUCGUCAUCCUCCUCUAUUGCGGAAUCAGUUGCCCAGUCUUCAUUUCAAGAGGAUUUUAGCAGUAGCAGUGUUGCGGAGUAUUUUGGUGAUGAAGGUGGUGUCUUUGCGAGUGUCUUCGAGGACAGUUCCACAAUAGUUGAAACCAAGCUGGACAAUCACUCUGAUGAUCUGACGAAAGAUGAUUCUCUGGAUGCUGGUGAAGGUGGGACCGCUACAAACAAGAGUGUGUCUGCUGUGGCAGGGAGGUCUGGAUUCCUUGAAGCUGCCUCCUCCUCCUCUUUCGCCGGGGAGACCAUUUCAUCAUCAUCAAGUACAGGUAUUGCAGAGGGUUUGUCUUCAUCAUCGGAUGCUUUUGCAGAAGCUGCAGACGAUGUCUCUUCCAUCGCUGAAUCUUUCGGCUCUUCUUCCGUGGCAGAGGUGGCAUCAUCCUCUAUCCAAGAAGAGCCUGCAACUGUUGACCUAUCCACCAUGCUCCCGACAUCGACAGGAUUGCUGGCGACCUCUGACCUGUCCACCCCAUCAGAGGGCGCCACAUCCGUUACAGAAGAAGCAGAAGCGACGACCCAUCAGCCAUCGGACGAGGACAGCAUCCUCGAAGACUACUCCGACAGUAACUAUGAAUACCCUGAUGAUUCUUCCGCCAAUGAGGAGGAAAGCACACCCUCUACCAGACCCACUACCAACACCACCACCUCAGGGUCACCAACAACCAGAUCCUCCACCACUACUCCACAAUCUCCUGGGGAUAAUGGCAACAAUGAUGACGGUAGCUCUAUCCAAGAAGGAGAUGAUUCCCUUUUCGAAGACUAUUCAUCUGAUGUAUAUGAAGGAGGAGAUUCCAGUCUACAGAGUAGUGAAGCCGACGGGGAUGGGGUGGCUAACCCCAAUAACCCAACCACGAACGAGGAGCACAUUGUAUCCCGAUCAUCCCAAGCAGUGGUCAUCAGUGAAGACUCGACCUUGUCAGGACUGAAGGGUAAACAGUUCACCCUGAGGCCUGGUAUUCUCGAGGAAGGUCGGACCUACGCAGUUGGUGUCAAGAUAUAUCCAGAGGAUGGAAGCGCCGGGGUGAGGGCCGAAGCAUUCCAGUAUGUAACGGUGAACGAAGCUCCUAAGCUGGGGAUAUGCUCCAUCUCGCCCGACAGUGGUACUGAAUUGGAUACAAUCUUUUCUGCCGCUUGCCAUUCAUGGAAUGAUGAGGACACACCCCUGCAAUAUGAGGUCAGAUAUAGUCUCAACCAAUCCGACCCUGAGACGAUUCUUUACUAUGGAAUGGACCGUUCUGUCAGAUUUCUACUUCCUGCAGGGCAUGCUGAAAACCAUCACAAUGUUUACCUGAAAUUAGCCAUAGUGGACAGCAAAGGAGGCAAGACAUCUGUCUGUGAUAUUGCUAUACCAGUCUCUCCAAAGCCCUUUGAAAGCUUAGAAAACAAGCUGGAAUAUCUGGAGGCGGUUUCGGUGGGUAGAGACAGCAUGCUGGCGGUCUACGUUGCCCACGGCGAUGACCUCAACGUUCACUCCCAUGUGCGUUUAGUGGCCCAUCUCCUCAACCAGCUCUCGCACGUCUUAGACGAGGAAGAAGACAAAGAUCAUUGCCAUAUCAUCACAGAGAGGUGUGUCAUACGCAGUGCCCUCCUGGAAGGGAUCUUAGCUCUCCCAAUCCGAGACGAGUAUGAAAUCCUUCAGGUUGUUGGCGCCAUCAAUGAGGUCUCUUCCGUACCAUACGAGCUGAAUGCCCCUUGCCAGAGGAAGGUAUCCGGCCUUCUAACGACCAUGGCGACCUCCAGCGCCCGAUGCAGGUGGGAGGAGCCCAGCCUGGCUCGCGAUGCUCUCGAGGUGAUGGUCAUGGUGGCCUCCAACAUCCUGGAGUCGUUUCAUCACAACCACACAGAUGACACCCUGUCUCCAGAAGACUCCAGAGACAUCACGGAGCAGAUGGUGACGGCCAUGAUCGACAUGCUCCAGGUGCAUCUCGGUCACAUGACCACAGAGAGCGAGGCAGUGGUUCUCACCAGUCUCCUGCUGAGCCUCCAGGGUUCAAGACUCGGCACCCUGGCCGGAGCCAGCUUCUCGGCGGGGGGUGCAACCUUCACCCUCCCUCCAGGCUUGGAUGCCCUGGUACGUAAGCCUGGGGCGAGGGAUAGUUGGACCGACAGGUACCGCUGGAACCACCCCUGCUACGACGCCCACAUGGUGACGUAUGUGGACAACCCCUUCAUGUGGGGUCAAGGUGCCAACAAGGUCACCACACCUGUGGCGUCUCUAGAACUAUACUCCUGCGAUGACGAUGAACACAGCUUAGUAAAUGUCUCUAAUCUACCUGCCGGAGAGGAAAUCAUCAUCGACAUUGACAACUUAUCAGAAAAGCUCUCACUUUCAUACAACUAUACCUUUGAUCCUGCCUUCAUGAGCGUGCAUUCCUUCAACGUGUCUAGAGCUAACAUCCAGCAGAGUGCUCACAUAUCUAUCAAGCUCACUCCGAUACAGCGCCCCAUCCCUAUCACAGUGCUGCUGAGAUAUGGAGUGGAGCCGACCCCUACAAAGUAUGACCGCUGCUGGAACCACAACGAUGACAUCAACAGCAUAGAUAUCUUUCUGUCACCUGACAGCUUCAAUGUCUCUGGGCGCUACUACUUGGCCCUCGUAGACGGUGAGUUCGGGGAGACAGUCUUCCGACAGGACAGUGACCAGACCAGGCAGUACCUACUCAAGAUGUGGUGGGGAGAGUGUCUCUACUGGGAUCCUUCAGAGGUGAGAUGGUCUCCCGAAGGAUGUUCUACAUCUUCGUCCUCCACCUUUGCUACCACGCAGUGUUUGUGCACCCAUCUCAGCUCCUUUGGGGUUAGUUUCGUCCCCAUCCUCAAUAUCGUCAGCUUUGUCGACAUGCAGCUUUUCGUUGGCCCCAAUGAGAAUCCAGUGACCUACCUGUUUGUGGCAGGACUGCUGGGAGUCUAUGCUCUGCUGUUUAUUUACUGUUACUAUGCCGACCGACAUGACGAGAAGAAGCAGGGAUUGAUCUAUUUGAAGGACAACCAGCCUGGAGAUAAGCAAUACUAUGACAUCACAGUGGAGACUGGUUUCCGCUCAGGAGCUGGUACGACAGCGCGAAUCAGCAUCGUCUUGCAUGGAGAGGAAGGUCACUCAGAGACUAAAGAGCUCAUCUGUGAGGAUAAACCAAUCUUUGAGAAUAACUCCAGGGAUAGAUUCAUCAUCAGUGUCCCAGAGUCUCUUGGAAACAUCCAGCGGCUUCAGCUUUGGCACAACAACGCUGGUCUGUCACCAGGCUGGUACCUGAGUAGGAUCUCAAUACGUGACCUCUUGACCGGGCAGAAGUGGUUCUUUAUCUGUGAGCGCUGGUUCGCGGUGGAGGAGGACGACGGGAAGAUAGAACGAGAGCUGCUUGUGGUGGACGAUGGGGUCGGCUUCACCAAGGCUUUCUUUGCCAAGGGGGCCCAGUAUUUUGCAGACUACUACUUGUGGAGUUCCGUCUUCACCAGGCCACCGUACAGCAUCUUCACCCGGGUGCAGCGUCUCACCUGCUGUCUCUGUAUCUCCAUGGGGUUCAUGUGUGUUAACACCCUCUGGUAUCAGGAGCUUGAUAAAGAGGACUCUGAGCUUGGGGUCAUUGACGUGUCUGGGGAAGCCGUGCUUGUCGGCAUUGUAACAGCUCUUGUCGCCAUUCCUAUAAACUUCCCUCUCAUCAUGCUCUUUCGGAGGUCAAAGCCUUGGCGAAUGCCAGGGGAAAUUGGAGAGCUAUUCAAGCACAUCAAAUCUAGCAACAAGAAUCAAUCUAGCAAUAAGAAUCAAUCCGACCCAGAGGAACAAACCGCUGCACAGCUCUACAACCUCCAGAGAUGGGCUAGGGAGAAGUGGAAGCAUAGACACAAGAGUUCUAUCUUCAAGCAUCUGUCUGAGAAUGAGAGUAGCAGGUCCAGCAUUGAUGCUCACAGCUACUCCAGCGGGUUUGGUGAACUUUCUUCAGAAGACAGAUUUAGGCCAAUGUUCACAAAUAGUGAUUUGACCUCGCCGGAGCUGACCGAGAGCUGGGAGUCCAUCGACACUGAUCCCAUCCCUUCCAUGCAUCACAAGAAACUCAAGAGCCCCAAGAUCUGGCUACCACAUUUCUUCUACUUCGUUGCGUGGGGAGGGUCUAUCUUCAUUGUGAUUGCAUCGUCUGUCAUCACCAUAGUGCUUGGUCUGAAGUUCAGUUAUGCUCAAGCCAUCUAUUGGAUGCAGUCUAUGUACUUCUCAUUCCUUCAAUGCAUCUUCAUAACCCAACCUACUGUGAUGGCCAUGCUCACCAUUGGCAAAGCUUGGAAACACAGUAACAACAUCAAGAUAUUUGACCACUACGACGACAACACAGAUCUGAUUGACAGGCGGAUGCUCCAUAGGUCACGAGUUCAACUCUAUGAGCAAGAUCUAUCAAAGGCGAUUGCAGCUCGUCAGCGGUCAAGAUAUCUGAGAUUUGCCCGCCCACCUCAGCCCAAGGAACUCCAGAAAGCCAAGGAGAAGAUGUUGAAGGAGAAACAUAUGUACGCCAUCCUCAGGGAUGUGAUCCUGUUUCUUAUUCUGAUCUUCUGUGUACUGUGGAUGGCAUACGGCAAGGAGACAUCCCUACAUGGUCCCCUCAACAACUCGGUCAAUCAGAUCUUUCUCAAGACUACCCAUCCCUUCACCAACGUGACGACCGUCGAUGAUCUAUGGCACUGGCUCCAAGAGGACAUGGUAGACACCCUCUAUUGGCAGAGAUGGUACAAUGGUGAUCCCAUUGCAGAAAAUGCGGUAAGAGCGGAAGAUGUACCUGCUUAGUGAAUCCUCAAUCAGGAAUAAUUUACAUGUUGAAAUGCUCUAGCAUGGUUCUGUUGUUUUUUGUACUAACACUUAUUUUAGUUUAGGUUGUAAUGUGUGUAAUGACCGUCAGUAUG